AUGUUCUCGUAUAUUUUUAUUGUUAUAUUGUUGUUAGAAUCAGUUUCAUCACAAAUAAAUGGUGAAUUCUGGUGGUUGCAUAACAAGGCUUCAGAAUUACGUCAACUUGAAGCACCUCCACCGAAAUUUGAUGAUAUUAAAGAAUUUGAAACUGAUGAAAGUGUUAAAGUUGUUUUUAAGGACAAUGAUCUCAACUCCAAUAAAAUGAGAAAAUUUGAAAAAAGUAAAGAAAUAUCUAUGAAUCAGGACAAUAAAAAAAAUUUUAGCAACUCCUCAUCUCCAAUUGAUUCAUAUAUGACUAAACCUCAUAACAUACUCAAGAAAACUAACACAAUUUUAAAUGACAAAGUAUGGUUUGAAGAAGAAACGAAGUUAUCUGAAUCAGAAAGCAUAUGUACUUUUAUUACUAAACAAGAAUGCAAUCGAAAUAACGGAACGAUUCAUACACCAGGCAAUUGCAGGUCAUUCCAUAGAAACAGCAUAUUCAGCACUCAUAAACUCUGUUGCAUACUCCCGCUGACUUCAAACAUAUCAUCGAGAACUCGACAGUCUAAUAAUUAUAACAAGUUAAAACGAUAUAAACGUUCAAAUGCCAUCGAAAGCUUGAAUGUAGCUUUAAAACAAAGGAAUGCCUUAUUGGAAAGAAGACAAAAUACUUUAAAGGCUCAAACACCUAAAUUAACAGCUACAACUGUACGUUCUAAGCCUACUAAUAAAAUAGCUACACCAGAAUACGUGGAUCCAUAUUGGAAUGUAAAAAACUCUAAAUUUAGAAAUCCCGGACUGCAAAGUAGUAUGUACACUGAUUACCAAAAUACUAAGUACGACUACAACAACCCGGAAUACGUAGAAGAUUAUGCUGUAGAAUUACCUAAGCCAGGUCUAGUCGGCCUUUACUCCGACCGCGAAGAUUCACGACGACAAACUAGUUGGAAAACAAAAAAUAUGAAUAAAGGAAUUUACUAUGACGUCACAGACAGCGUCAGCGAUGAAGACGAUGGUGACAGUGAUCUUCCAUUUGGAUACUCAACUUUCGAUCCGAGAUUAGGUGAUCGUGUAUCAACGGAUAAUCCUAGACGUGUGAAUCGUAAACCACAACGAUUAAUUUUAUCAACUGAAGAUGACAAUGAUUCCGAAAGUCAAAUAAUUAAUUUCCAUGCAACUCCAGAUUUUCAUGUUCUACAUGGGUUUAAGCUUAUUAACUUAGGAAAAAACAAAAACAGAUACGUAAGAAAAACAACAGAACAAUUGUAUGACAACGAUGAAGACAUAACAUCAUCAUUUGACUUAACGACUUCAAAGACUACUGAUUCUAAUGAAGAUUAUAUUGAUGGAAUUGAUCUGAGUCAACAGAUUUAUAAAAAAUGUGGAAAAGUUAUAAAUAAACCCGCUUUUGACAUGAACUUCGAAAAAUAUGUCGCAGAAGGUGGAUGUGACCCUUGGCUAGCUUUUGUCGUGUUAACUAAGAGAAUGCAAAGUAUCCUUUGUUACGCAACAAUUAUACAUCAGCGGGCAGCCGUCACUGCUGCGGACUGCGUGCAUGGUAAAUCACCGGGUGAAAUUACCACAAUCAGCGGUGUUUGGGACUUGAAGGCGAAUAAAGAAGGUGCUCAAACCAGAAUGUCGACUGUUUAUACUCAUCUGUUUAAACCUGGUGAACUCGAUAACAAUCUUGCUCUUUUGCACUGGAAACGGCCUUUGAAGAUAGAGCCAAAUGUCCAACCCGCGUGCCUGUCAGAUCCACACGUAGGAGAUGAUUGUUACUUUGUCGGCUGGGGCGGUUACGAUCAAGCUUUACAACCGCAACCACAACGACAGCAUGCGACCAUACUCACUCCACAGAAUUGUAACCAAAAAGUAUCUGCGCCUGACGUUGAUAUACCCACCGGUGCUUUCUGUGCUUCUGUUAAAACUCGUGGGACCGUGACGGGUAUCGGUGGUCCACUUUUAUGCAAAAAUAAUGAUCGAAUAUCCAUAGUGGGUGUAGCAGUUUACCGAGAAGACAUCGUCUUACUUCUAUCUACAUUUGAUUGGAUAAUCACCGCACUACAGGAGCUCCAUAUCAAUUAA